AUCUGUGACGUCGUUCUGGGAAAGGAGGUGGUUCGGAGUUACGCUAGUUAGCUGUUGUUGUUGUUGCUAGUAUCGUCGGUAGUCAACAUUUCAAAGUCCAGGUCCAAACCUUCCAUGUCUGAACCCAAGUCCACAGAGUCCCCAGGAUCUUACUGUGGUGUUCCAGACCAGAGAACCUCACAGCAGGGUCCAGAGAUGGUGUCAGUAAAGCUGGAGGACUGCAGUCAAACACUGGAACUCAAUGUGAUUGUUAAAGAAGAGCCAGAAGUCCUAGAGGAAGAGAUGACUGUCAAAGAGGAGGAGGCAGAGGAGGAGAGAGCUGUCAGAGAGGAGGAGAGAGCAGUCAAAGAGGAAGAGGAGGAGAGAGCAGUCAAAGAGGAAGAGGAGGAGAGAGCAGUCAAAGAGGAGGUGGAGGAGGAGAGAGGAGUCAAAGAGGAGGAGAGAGCUGUCAAAGAGGAGGAGGAGAGAGCUGUCAAAGAGGAGGAGGAGAGAGGAGUCAAAGAGGAGGAGAGAGCUGUCAAAGAGGAGGAGGAGAGAGCUGUCAAAGAGGAGGAAGAGAGAGCUGUCAAAGAGGAGGAGGAGGAGGAGAGAGCAGUCAAAGAGGAGGUGGAGGAGAGCAGAGAAGUGUCUGAUCCAGAUCUGGAGGAAGAAGUAGAUAGUAUCACUGACCCAGGAGAGAUCUCCAACCCAGGUUCAGACAGUGAGCCCAGUUCCACAGCAUCAGGAAACCAUAAACACAGACGGGGGAGCUCAAGACAGAAACAUCACCACUGCAUGGACCGACCCUGCUCAGAUUCUAGAGGCAGUUUUGUGUGUCCAACUCACCUCAUACCACGCAAAAAGACCCUCAAAAGAAAGAAGAUGUACCCGUGUGGUCAAUGUGGGAAGAGAUUUCAGACACCAAGCAGCUUGAAGACGCACCAGCUUACUCACACAGGAAAGAAGUCGUACCACUGCUCCCAGUGUAGGAAGACUUUCAGUUGUUCGUUCAAUUUGAAGAGGCAUCAGAGAAUACACACAGGAGAGAAGCCUUUCCACUGCUUCCAAUGUGGGAAGAGCUUCCGUAUGGAAGGACAGCUAAACGAACACAAGAGAAUACACACAGGAGAGAAGCCGUACCACUGCUUUCAGUGUGGGAAGAGUUUUGGUCGGGCAGGAGCUCUAAAGGCACACCAGCUAAUUCACACAGGAGAGAAGCCGUACCACUGCUCUCAGUGUGGGAAGAGCUUCAGUCAGGCAGGACACCUGAAGACACACCAUCGAAUUCACUCAGGAGAGAAGCCAUACCACUGCUCUGUUUGUGAGAUGAGUUUUCCUCUUUUACAGACCUUAAAUAGACACCAGCUUACUCACACAAGAAAGAUGCCUUAUCACUGCUCCCAGUGUGGGAAGAGCUUCAGUCAAACAGAAAGCCUUAGGGCACACCAGUUAACUCACACAGUAGAGAAGCCUUACCACUGCCUUCAAUGUGGAAAGAGUUUCAGUCAUUCAUCAAAUGUGACGGCCCACCAGUUAACUCACACAGGAGAGAAGAAUUACCACUGCACUCAGUGUGGGAAGAGCUUCAGUCUGGCAAGAUACCUGAAGAAACAUUGUCAAACGCACACAGGAGAGAAGCCUUACCACUGCCCACAGUGUGGGAAGAGUUUCCGUCAGUCAUCACAUCUGAGGGCACACAAGUUAACUCACACAGGAGAGAAGCCCUGUACCGCUUCUCUCAGUGUGGGAAGAUCUUCAGGCAGACAGCAGACUUAAAGACACACCAGCUAAACGUUGACACGUUUUUAUCCCGAUCUACAGGCUCCAGAUCAGAUCCCGGCCCAUUGACUGUUCCUAGGCCGUCAUUGAAAAUAAGAAUUUGUUCUUAACUGACUUGCCUGGUUAAAUAAAGGGUCAAAUAAAAAAAAUUAUAAGAGUAAAUCCGGAGUAAAACCUAACGCGGCAGCCCGUAAAGUGUAAAUAUGUACCUGAUUCCGCUCUACAGGCUCUUACGACGUCACAAUAAUUUAACAUGUUGAAUAUAUUGGGCCUCAAAUCAGCCAUUAUUGCUGAGUGCGAGCAGUGCUCAGAGCACUUAUGAGGCACGUCCCACCGUCAGCCAAAGCUAACGUUGGCUAGGCUUAUAGCUAACGUUGGCUAGGCUAAUAGCUUACGUUGGCUAGGCUAAUAGCUAACGUUGGCUAGGCUAAUAGCUAACGUUGGCUAGGCUAAUAGCUAACGUUGGCUAGGCUAAUAGCUAACGUUGGCUAGGCUAAUAGCUAACGUUGGCUAGGCUAAUAGCUAACGUUAGCUGGCUGACUCGCUUGCUGGCUAAGAUAAUUGCAUAUAGCAAACAUUUUCUGAUAAUUGUUUAGAUGGAAGGGCUGGAUAUUGAUGCACGGACCGGAUUGGGUUUUUACUUUACAUUCUAUGUCGGCCGUCAAUGUAAUUAAGAAUUUGUUUUUAUUGGACUUGCCUAGGUAAAGAUUUUUAUUUUUAUUAUAAAUAUAACGGUAUUUGAAUGUUUGGUUUGUUAAAUGUGAUAUGUCGUGUGUAACGUCCAUUUUGAUCGUUUACUCUGCUUACUUGAGUCAUCUCUCUCUGCUCUCCCUCUCUCUCUCUAUGCCUCGUUGCCACACAGACCUAGCCCCGCCCCUGUCAUUCAAGGAGCUCACGUGUUGGUUCUGGCCCACCAAACACGUGCGUUCAGUCUGCAUGGUCAAUGCAGCACACGCAACAAUAUCAAUACACUUCUAGAAUGUACCCUUCCUUUUGUUUCUUACAUCUGCAAACAGCUAGUUUGUCUUUUCUUAGCGAGUUGUUCUAUAUCGUGCCGCUAGCUAGAUAAUAGAUGUACCGAGUCAGAGCAAAGGUAGCUAGUUAUACAGCCUGAUACCAGUGAUGGUGGAGGCCUAAAUCAGCAUGUUUGUAAAAACAGUAUCUUCUAAACCAAUAAGAUCAGGAGAAGCAUGAAUAUAUUAUCUACAUGAAGUAGCUC